UUGUAGUUUUGUUGGAGGCAGAUUGGUGUUUUUUUUAAUUAAGUUGGCAUUUGUCUGAUUACUUGGUGUCUCAACCUUGAAGAUUCAUGCCAAAUACUUUAGAAUAACCUUUAACAUUGUCACUUAUAUUUGUAUUUAAAGUAGUGCGUGCAGCCACUUCCUUAAUCACAUAAACUUCAGCUCGUCACUUGUGGCUGGUAUGGAUUUGCUGUCAUGCAAUAAGAAGAGGCCAAGGAAAGGGGAAUCAUCAAACUAUUAAAGGUAAACAUCUUCCUGUCCUGCUCUGAAGUUUCUCUCGACCUACAAAGAGUGGAAGAGACAGCCUUGAUCAGUCCCUCCCUUGACUUGUUGAACAUACACAUGUGACUUGGCAGGCGCCUGAAGAGAUACAACUCUAUCCUGAAAGGGACUUUAAGAAAAUGGAGGCCCAGGAAAAUACACAUACAAUAUACCAAGACAUGGCAACAACUAGCACUACAGAAGAAAGUGUCACAAUAUAUUCUGAGGAUGUUCUGGAAUCCACCAGAGAUUUGGAUGAUUAUUGUGAUGAAAUAAAAACAUUUGCUGAUCAAGAUGAGGAUUUAUUUGAAGCGGAUACAGAUGACUUGACUUAUGAAUUAUCAAGAUCCCCCGUUACAACUGAAUCUUAUAUUGAUACUACUGCAGUAUUAUUGCCCUCUGGGGGGUCUUUAAGCCAUCAGCAAGCCUUGAAAACUUCGGUCUGUGAAACUGAACCCCACCAAUAUAGCAAUUAUGAUUUUAAAAAUCAAAGGAAAGAUAAAGAUACAAAUCAUUCUGAAUUAUAUGAUUUUCCUAAAAAACAUUCAGGGAGUAUUAAUAUAUCAAGAUCAACUAUACCAUUUAGUUUGGGAACAUUUGUUGAACAAGACAAGACACAUGACUCUUUCAUACGAGAAACGAUAAACAGCAAAACAAUACAAAAUACAGCAAAACAAUCCCUUGAAAUAAAUACCAAACAAUAUAUUUUGGACGCUAAUGAAUCAUCAAUUAAUAUUGAUAACCUGCUUAAGGACGCUGGCAGACUGCAUCAUAGAGAUUCUGGCAUUCUUUGGAAGAUUGAAAAUAAUCAAUGUACUGAAGUGGAAACUUUUAACAUAAAUAAUCAAGUUGGCCCUCAGGGAUGGGAUGAUAUGUAUAUUGAUUCAGAAAUAAUAAAGGAAGAUCCCAAAAUACUUAACACACAAGACCAAGAGGUUGAGCAGAUCAUUAACUCUGUUUUAGAAGAAGCUAUCAAGGUCAAAUACAAUAAAAAUAUGCCUGAGAAUCCAAGUGAUAUAUCAACCUCUGAAAAAGAAGAUAAGUAUCUAGAAAACCAUAAUGAAAUAUUGGAUUAUCAUGUAAUGUGUAAGGAAGUAGAUUCAAAUGAGGAAAUUAAGUCUAAAACGAUGGAGGUACAAGACAAAUAUGCAGAUAGCUUAGAUCUGAAUGUAGCAAGGAAUCAACAAAAAGAUUUAAUAGAUAUAGCUAGCAUUACAUGUCAAUUAUCAUUGGAAGAGUCCAUAGCAAGAAUCACAUUGCCUGAAACUAUGGAACGCGGCUUGCGUCAAAGGGAUAUUUAUUAUGAAAAUGAACAGGUAAAAAUAAAUGUCUCUGAAGAAGAAACAAUAUGUUUAUUCAAAGAGGCCGAACAGCAGGAGGCUGUUUUCAAAAACAGUGAAAGAGUAGAAUCUGUAAGAUAUUUUAGUGAUGAUCAUGACAAGGUCAAUGAUGAUGAAAUAGUAUUUACAGAACAACACACAAAUAUACCAUGUUGUGAAUAUGACACAAAUAUGCAGGUUAUGUUGCAGACAGCAGUAGAAGAAUAUCCUGGUAAGAAAGACACAGCUAGAAAUGAAAUCCUAUAUGAGUCUAUUAUAAAAGAUGAUCCAAUCAGAGAGCCUGGAGAACCUUGUAAUAGGAUGGAACAAAUACUUGAGAAUGCAGGCGUUCUAUUGAACCCCUACAUCUGUGGAAGAUGA